AUGUACAAUUCAACCGAUGACGAAUUAUUAAAAAUCGACGAUUGUAUUGAUACGUGGUCAACAAGAAUGACAAGUGCAAGCGAUUUUCAACGUUUACAUAAUGGUCUUUCAACUAAUCUAACAAAGAUUAGUACUAAUGUUUCGGAUCUUGAAAAACUCGUCCAAAAAUUAGGUACACCAGAAGAUAGUGAACCAUUACGUGAACGCUAUCAUCGUCUUCAAAAUGAAACAAAAUUUUUAAUGCAACAAACGAAUGGUGCACUGCAAGAACUUAAUAAUACACGUGUAUUAACAGAAGCUGAUCAGAGACGUAAAAAAACGUUGACUGACAAUUUACCAAAACAAUAUUUAGCAACAUUAACUCGUUUUCAAGAGGCACAACGUAUUGGUGCACGAAGAGAAAAAGAAAGUCUUGAUCGUGCGCGAGCUAUUUCAUUUCGUCAACAUGGAAUGUCAGAUUCACCAUUUGCUGAUGAUUUUGUUUCAACACCAACAUAUGAUCAACUUCAAAGACAAGCUGUUUUACCUAUUGAACAAGAAGUUGAUAUGAGAUCAUUAAGAGAACGUGAUGAACAAUUACGUCAACUUGAGACGAACAUUAUUGAAGUAAAUGAAUUAUUCAAAGAUGUUGCUAAACUCGUGCAUGAACAAGGCGCUGUUAUAGAUACUAUCCAAAAUCAUGUUGAAACAACCGUCCAAUACACACAGCAGGCCACUCAACACGUUGCACAGGCUGUAGUUACUCAGGUUGAAUAUAACACAUGGCAAUCAACAUUUAACAAAAGCUAUGACUCAUCAGAGUUCUGCUCGACUGAUAUUCAGAUAGAGACAUCGCACUCAUAUGCACUUAAAAUGUUUUAUGUGUGUUAUAAUAACAACUAUUUUAUUCUUCUUCAUUAUUAUUAA